CAGCUGACUACAAACAGCUGGAGGAGGAGAGCUACACCACGGUCGGGUGCCUUCUGCAGCGUGAAAUGGCAGCAGCGCGCCUGACACGCGCCCAAGCUUUCAUAAAAUAAGUAUAGACGUGAAGAAGAAGAAGAAGAAGAAGAGGCGGCGGAAACAGCCGUUGACGUGAGAACAAGAAGAAACAGAAAGUUCAACAACUUAGCAGGUAGUUUUAAACCAGACCUCGUGCUUGUUGCUGCCGUUUAUCGCAAGCAUGCAGACCGCAGGAGACAUCGCUUGUCAGCCGUAUCCUCUGUUUGGAGGAGCGAUGUCAACUGUCAUCCCCCACAGCGCCACCGACAUCAGUGAACUGAGAGAAAUACCGGACAACCAGGAGGUGUUUGCUCACACACACACUGACCAGAGCCUCAUAGUGGAGCUGGUGGAGUACCAGGGUCAGGUGUCAGACCAGGACUCUGUCAGAUACCACUUUGAGGACAUCGCAGGCAGCAACAAAGCUCUGGAGCCUGGAGCUUUUGGAGUCACCAGUAUUGUGGCUUUGCCUCACUCUGAGCUGUCGUUGUCGGAGUGCAGCUCAGCCUGGAUGCUGACUGGGACACAGUGCGUUUCCAAGUUCAACGAAGAGGUGAAGAAUGUGGUGACCCUUCACCUGGGUCUGUUUCGUCUGCCACAGUUCUCCACAGACAUCCUGAUCACCUUCAAUGACCCGCAGAGCAUCAGCCCUGACAGCAGCAGUGCCUCUGCUGCAGGAACACACAGAGAGCCGUGGACGGUGCAAGACUUUGAGCGCUUAAUGAAGACGCUGACUCUGCAUAACCCUGGCCUGUUUGGAUAGAGCCACUGCUAUAAUACUCCCCUGAUUUAAUUUUGUCUUUACCUGUGACUACAUUUUGCUCGAGGCUUCUCAAAUAACUGACGCCCAUCCUCCCCUGUCAUGAGACAUACAGUAUGAGUACUUUUUCUCCUUAGCCUUUGAUGCCACUGCUUGUGAAUGAGUUGAAAACUAAAAAAAUCUCAGGAUGUGAGCAUAUCUGCACUAAAAUAAAUUUUAGAUAACA